AGCAACGGAAUCAACAAGAAAAUCUUACAAUAAACUAAAAUCAAAAAUUAUUUAAGAAAUUUAAUACUUUGUUUUAUUAAAGUUAAGACAAAAUUUUCAAAAAGGCUUACUAAUAAUAUAGAGCUCCAAACAUUUCAGACAACAUUUCACUCAAAAUCAAAAUAGGAAUAGUUCAAGGAAAACAUUUGUGAAUAAAAUUUACUUUUUAAAAUGAGCAGAAACAACAGUCCUAAUAAAAUAUUUGAUAAUUAUCAGUAGAAUCCUUACUUAGCCAAUGCUUAGAAUAGCACAAAUAAUACUUAGCUAGUCUUUUAAAGCAAUUUAAAUCAGUCUAAUAAUUAGUUGCGUCCACAAUAGAAUAUUAUAAUAAAUAACAAUAAACUUUCUCAUUCUAGAUUAACAUAGGUAGCUUAGUAGUAGAAUUAAAAUGUGCAAAACAUUUAGUAAAUUUUUAGUUAAUAAUGUAUUUAUCAUCCAGAAAUGAUAAUUACAAAUUUUUGUAAGAAAUCUCUGAUGCCUCUUUGUCCAAAAUGUAUUACAAGCUAUUUAAAAAGCAGAGAGAGCAACAAUUAACCUGUAGAAAUAGAAAACAUAGAUAAAAUACAAACUGAAUGCAAAGAAGCAGUGUAAGAAUUAGAGGAAUUGUAUGCAUCUGAUCUAAAAAAAUUACGCGAUGCUAAGGAAUAAAAAGAAAAUAUUUAAGUAAACUUAGCUGAAAAGAUUUUAUUUGCUAAGAAUAAAGUCAUAAAAGUUAUUGAUAGCUACUUUGAGAAUUUAGAAAAUGAUCUAGGAAAGCAGUUGCACUUUAAAAGAACUCAUUUCGAAAAAGAACUCAAUAUGGCUGAAGGAUUUGCUUAACAAAAACACCAAGAAUUGCACUCAAUCAAGCAAAAAUUAGAUGGACCUAAGUAUCUUAAAUAUAUUCUCCGUUUGUUAAGUGAAAACUUUUUCGAUGAGAGCGCUCACUACCAUUAAGAAUGUGAGUAAUUCAUUUAGCUAAUUUCUAAGAAAAGCAUAGAUGUCUUUACAGAUGAUAGCAAACUCUAUAAUUUAAAUAUUGAAUUAGCAAAGUUUGCAAGUAUUAAAAAUUCUGAAAUCUUUUAUGAUGAAGAUGAUUUAAAUUUCAAUUUUGAAGAUAAGAAUCCUUACACAGCAACCAACUACAACUAACCUUAAAAUACUCUAUAUUAAUCAAAGCUAAAUGAAAAUCCUCAAUAGUAGUAGUUUUCACAAUAACCACUCAAUACAAACUAGAAUAAUAAAAUGUACUAAAAUUAGUUAUCAAAAUCUGCUUAAAACAUAAUUGCAAACCCUCAAUAAAAUAACCGUGCUAGUCCUUUUGAUGUGUCUGUUAAUUAAAGUCCUAUAAAAGCAACUAAAUAUAAUGUUUUACCUCCACAAGAUUAAUCUAGAGCUAUCCAACAAUCUCAAAAUCCAUAUUUGAGUGAUAAUAAUCCUGUCCUAGCUUAAAGGUAAUAAUAAGAAGUAUAAUAAGACAUACCCAAGUCUGUUCCCAUCCCAUCUAAGCCAAGUCCAAAUUCUGACUUUUUGGGUAGCUUUUAAAAAUAAGAAUUCCCAAAUUAAAAUGUAGCUGCUCCAUUACAAGCUUCAAUGAAUUAAUCAUUCAACCCAAGGACAAUCGUAAAUAAGAACUAUUUUGAUUAGUUCUGUCAUCAAAAGUAUAUUUAUUAUUUCUAACCUGGAACUAACGAAUUAUAUUUCAUCGAUCUAAACACAAUCGUAAAUGACAACUAGAUUGUUAAUAUAAGAUGGUAAAAGAUAGAAUUAGAUAUUUCCUUUAAAAUUCCUAAUGACCACCAAACAGUAAUCACUCCUUAAGGUGAUGUGUAUUUAUGUGGUGGUAUUGAUCCUCAGACAAUGUAAGUAUGGAGUGAAUGCUAUAAAGUAGACUUUAAGUACAGAACCCUUGAAAAAAAGCCAAGUAUGAUGGUACCUAGGUUCCUUCACGGACUAGUUUACUUGAAUAAUGCUUUGUAUGCAUUAGGUGGCUUCGAUUAAUAACAUUAACUUCUUGAUAAGUGUGAACGCCUUAACUUAUCUGAUAGAUAAUGGGUAAAAAUUGCACCUAUGAUUGGAUAAAGUGCUUAGAUGGGUGUUUGUGUAUAUAAAAAUAAAUAUAUUAUCGCUUUUAGUGUUGCAGUCUAACCAAAGAUCAAUCUCAUCCAGUAUUAUGAACCAAUGUUUGACUAGUGGAGAGAAGUUAUGCUUUCUCAUGAAUCUGGAUUGCUUUACUCUGAAUUCCUCAUCAGACCUUCUUGUGGAGUUGCAUAAAUUAAUGACAGUGGAUCUAUUAUUGUAUUUGGUGGUGAUGAAACUUCAAGGGAUUAAGUAUAUGAUCAAUAGAAAUCUCUUCCAAAUAACUUUGUGCUUACAUUAAAAAGCGAAAGCUAAGCAUUAUAAUUUACUGUUGGACUUGGUAGAAAUCCAGUAGAGUUAUUUAACACUUCAAUAAAAGGUCUUUCUUAUUGCCAUAAUGGUAGGGUUUUUACAACUAUGGAGCAAAAAAAUACUUAAAAAGUAGUGGCUUUCAGUAACGGAAGCUGGAUUAAGUAAGCUUGA